ACAUUCAUACUGAAAGUGCAACACGCCCCCGAUCUCAGCACAGUAUGCGACGCGCUUAGCAUCUUGCAAACCGAGGCCAAAGCGACCUCAGAUAAUACCACGCGAAUGCUCGACGCCGUUAAACAAGAACUUAAGACUGAACUUAAAAACACAACCGAGACCGUCAAUGCAAUCGCUGCAAACGUACAACUAAACAUAAGAGCUGGAGAGGAAGCCAAGACAGCAGCUAAGGAGGCGGCAGAGGUAGGUAAAGCUAGCCUAGAGAUGGCAAGGCGAAUCAAAAAUGCAGGACCACAGACAGGUGGCGCGCUCAGCUAUGCCGCGAUGGCAGCGAGAGGCGCGACGCUAGCAGGUACAUCGAAUACACAAGUUCCUAGAAUGCCUUCUUCUCAGACGCAGCGUGAAGUCGUCGUGACUAUUAGAGACCCCAAUACAGUACAAAGCCUGCGGGCGAUGAACCCACGCAACCUCAACGCGCACGUAGAGCGCGCCAUCGCGCAGAGCGGAAAUGAGAAUAUAGCUAGCAUCAAGGUACUCUCUUCAAACCAGCUAAAGAGCGGCGAUCUUAGCUCCACCAGAUUUCCUAUCUUCAACAUUAGCAUCAAGACAGCUACCAGCACUGAUAUAGAAGCACUAAAGCAGUUCGCCGACGAUUGGGUCCACCGCGUCGGCAACAGGGCCACUCUACGGAUCACGACCUAUGGCAUCAUUGCACACAGCAUACGCACUAGCACAAUCGACAUGACUAGGUUCGAAGAGACAAGAAAUCAGCUACUGCUAGACAACAAGCCGUUCAUCCCGCAGGCAGAAAUCAAGUAUAUAGGAUGGCUAACACGCAACGCACCCACAAAAGCCGCUUCUAGCAUUGUUAUAGAGUUUAGCAAGCCAGAGGACGCCAACAAGAUCAUCGACGAGGGCCUAAUCUGGCAGGGCGAGUGCAAGGCAACAAUCGCAUGCGGCUACUGCGCGCAAGAACACGAGAGUCGAGACUGCCCGUCGAAGCUCGACCGGACUAUCCCCAGGAAGUGCGCCACCUGUCGAGGCGAACACGAAGCAUGGAACUACCAGUGCCCUACUAGGAAAGAGGAGAGGGCGAAAGCGAAGGCUACAUACGACAUGCGCCCAUACUACCACCCGGUUACGGAGACAGGAGGGAGAAUUCCACUAGAAGAACCAGUAACCGCCACCCGAAGGAGCAGACUCACGCAAGCCGCAGUAUCGACGCAGCCAACACCAAUCACCAGGAACCGAUCCCAGACCGGACGAGGGCAGAAGAGGACUAACGCUGGAACCACCGUUGAUCCAGCAGAGCAACAGAACCCGCCGAUACAGGCGAGCGGCAGCCAAAGGCCGCAGAGGCACAUCAUGCCCACUCGGAGGGCUAUGGAAGCAAACGGGAACAGCACGCGGCGAACACAGGGCGGCAACAGCCAGCACGUGGAAAUCGACUCUGACAACGAAGCAUGA